AUUAGCACAACUUCCGGUUAGUUCUUGGCAACCACAAAACUUAUUAAUUUAAAUCGUUACUUUGUCCAUUUUCUCUGAAUUCAAUAUGUCUAACGAGGUUUAUAUGAAAGGUGACAUAACCGUUGUUGCCAAUGAAAUGAAAAAAUUGGUGAACAAUAAAGAAAUGAGCGAUAUCAAAUUCAUGAUUGGACCCAACAGAAAACCUGUCUAUGCCCAUAGAUGUAUCCUCUCAACCAGAUGUGAUGUCUUCAGAGCCAUGUUUUCAGACCAAGAAAGCAAAUCUGACAAAAAUAACAAAGAAAUUCCAUUUGUUUUGUCGGAUAUCACACCUGAUAUAUUUCUAGCUGUCAUGGAGUAUAUCUACACCGGAUGUGUAAGCCUCACAGGGAAAAUUGCAAUAGAUGUCCUUGGCAGUAGCAUUGAGUAUGGUUUAGAUGAACUGAGGAAGCUGUGUAACCAGUACCUCGUUGAAAACCUUAGUAUCAACAAUGCAUGUGACGCCAUGCAGGCAGCUGUUACAUAUGGACAGGAUGAUCUCAGGGCAGAAUCCAUGUGUUAUAUAGAGGAAAAUACACAGAAUGUUUUUAAAUCCAAAAGUUUCCAUGAGAUGUCAGAAGAAGCAUUGUCUGUUGUACUUCAAAGUGAUAGGUUAAUGAUGGACGAACCUGAUGUGAUAGAUUGUGUACGGGAAUGGGCCACAGUGAACUCUGUUGUUAUGGGAAAAUCAAUGAGUGAAGUGGCCAGAAAAGUUGUGUACCAUCUCAGAAUUCCUCUCCUGACCCCUGAGGAACUACACGCUCUAGAAGAAGAGACUAGGAAAGACAAACUGUUGCCGGUUGAACUGAUAUCGUUUGCUUGGAAGUGUCAUGCUCUGCAAAAAGGUGAAAGAGGCAAUCCAUUGACGACACGUCGUGCUGGUACAACCAUGCGGGAAAGCCAUAAAGGAAUGGACGUCCUCUGAGAAAAUAAACAGUUGUAGAGCUGAUCUGAAUCUGAAGAAUGGAUCUCUCGUGAUUUCUCAUAUACUGAUAUAUCAUUGGAUGUGUUAAAUACAUUGGAUGAGUAGGGAUUUUAACAAAAAGAAUCAGUGUAUUAAAUAUUUGGAUUAAAAAACAAACAAUUUACCACAUUAUUUAAACUGAUGCAUAUAUCGGAUGAUAUUUUGUGUGCCACUGUUUUCAAGGUCAGCUGUAAGUAUAGAAUCCUAAUCUGUGAUAAUUAGCAGUUCACACUGCAUGUAAAUACAUAUAUUUUGUAAAUAUGUAUAUUUUAAUGACAUUUUGAAACCAGCAUUGGGCAUUUCCAGAGAAACGCAGGGUGCAUAAUAUAUACAAUUUCAUAGAUUUUUGCACAAAUUUUGAAUGACAUAUCAACAUUAAUACAAAGCUCGUAAUCAUACACCUAAAUGUAUUUUACCUACAUGUAAUUGUAUUUACCUGAAUUUCACAUACAAGCAAAUAUAUUUUACAUAUGUAAAUGUACAUGCAUAUACACUUGGAAAUACCCAGAUGUACACUGUACUUUUGUACAUGGCAUCUUACAACAUCCGUCCAAACAAAUGUAUUUUUUUUUUAUUUAUUACAGUAUUUUUGGAAGCCAUUCCAUUUAUAAGUUGACUUGAUUUGUAUAAUUUUGAGUCACAAGUUACAAAAUUACACUUAUGUAUUAUAGCAAUUUUGUGAUUUAUGUUAAAAUCCAAAAACAGAUGUGUUUUAAGCAUUUUGAAACUUAUUCUUCUGUAAGAAUUAUUUUACAUAAUACAAGUAAGGUAUUUUAGACUGUUAUAUACAGAUAUUUUAUUUUUGUUUAUUUGGGCCCCAAGUGCAUUCUGUGGUUCAUUUCUAUGUAUUCUAACUUAA